AUGAAGAAUCCAGUUGGUUUUUUAAGAUUGAUGAUGUUUAUGCUGUGUGUGGUGUCGGAGGUUGUUAAUGGUGAAGAGGAGAUUAGAUGCAUUCGAGAGGAGAGGGAAGCGCUCCUCCAAUUCAAGGCUGCCAUUGUCGAUCCCUAUGGCAUGCUAUCAUCUUGGACCACUCCUCAUUGCUGCCAAUGGGAGCGGAUUCAUUGCAGCAACCUCACCUCCCAUAUUCUCAGUCUCGACCUUCACGGAGACCUUCUUUACAAAUUUCUUCCCGGUGGCAGCUUUCAAUUCAAUGGACGUUAUAUGAGCGGAGAGAUCCACAAGUCGUUGAUGGAGUUGCAACAAUUACAGUAUUUGAACCUCAGUUCUAAUUAUUUUCCAGACACUGACAUCCCAGAGUUUCUUGCUUCUCUCAAAAACUUGAAACACCUUGAUCUCUCUUUAUGUCGUUUUAGAGGAAGAAUUCCAAGUCAAUUAGGCUCUCUUUCUCAUUUGGAAUACUUAAAUCUUGCUCAUAAUUAUCUGAGCAAUGUAAUCCCUUAUCAGCUUGGAAAUCUCUCCCAAUUGCAGCAUCUUGAUCUCAGUGGCAAUCCUUUUUUAGAAGGAAAUAUACCUCCUCAACUUGGAAAGCUCUCCCAGUUGCAGCAUCUUGAUCUCAGUGAAAAUCUUUUACAAGGAAUUAUACCAUCUCAACUUGGAAAUCUCUCCCAAUUGCAUGAGCUCUACCUUGGACGAUAUUACGGUUAUAUUAAAAUGAGUGACGGAGACCUAUCUUUAAACAAUUUGACUGAAGACCUUCCCUCCAUUCUCGGUAAUUUGUCCAGUGGAUGCGUUAGACAAUCAUUACAAGAAUUGGAUCUGUCAUCAAAUCACAUCACUGGCACUUUGUCUGACAUUUCAGUAUUCUCUUCUUUGAAAUCAUUGUUUCUUUUUGGAAAUCUGUUAAGUGGAAGGAUACCUGAAGGUGUGAAUUUACCAUCUACUUUGGAGGAUUUGUCAGUUCGGUCAAAUUCAUUAGAAAGUGGAAUUCCAAAAUCAUUUGGCAAUGCAUGUUCUUUGUUGUCAUUGGACAUCUCUAAUACUGGCUUGAGUGAUGAGCUUCCCAUUAUAAUUUCUCAUUUGUCUGGAUGUGUUAGAUAUUCAUUGCAAAGAUUAGUUCUAGACACAAAUCAAAUCAAUGGCACACUACCUGACUUUUCAACAUUCAUAUCUUUAAAAAUAUUAUAUCUUGACGACAAUAAGCUAAAUGGAGAGAUUCCUAUGGACAUUCAAUUUCCACCUAAAUUGGAGGAGCUCUACAUCUCUUCAAAUUCUUUAAAGGGUGUGCUCACUGACUACCACUUUGCUAAUAUGUCUAAGUUACAGAAGUUGGAUUUAUCUGACAACUCAUUAGGCUUGGCAUUUACACAAAACUGGGUUCCACAUUUUCAAUUGAUAUCUAUAAACUUGAGAUCCUGCAAGCUAGGUCCAACAUUUCCCAUGUGGUUGCAGACACAAAAUAAAUUUGUUGAUAUUGACAUUUCAAAUGCUACAAUAUCAGAUAUUGUUCCUGAAUGGUUUUGGGCUAAAUUAUCUCUACAAAGAGUGGUGACAAUGAAUAUUUCAUACAACAGUCUACGAGGUACAAUUCCAAAUGUUUCAUCAACGUAUGUUUCUCUUUCCAUGCACCUUGGAUCAAAUCAAUUUGAAGGUUCUAUUCCACUAUUUUUAUGGAAUUCUCAAAUUCUUGAUUUAUCAAAAAAUAAAUUCUCAAAUCCUAUUUCAUCUUUGUGUGGAGAUUUUGCAAUUUCAGUUCAACUUCAUUUAGACAUUUCAUAUAAUCAGUUAUUUGGAGAUAUUCCAGAUUGUUGGAAACAAAUUAACUCACUAGUUUAUUUAGAUUUGAGUUACAAUAACUUUUCAGGAAAAAUUCCAACGUCAAUAGGAUGGCUUCUUGAUCUUCAAGUAUUAUUGUUGAGAAAUAACAAUUUAGUAGAAGGAAUCCCUUUCUCCAUAAGAAAUUGCACAAAGCUAAAAAUGUUUGAUUUGUCAGAAAACAAAUUAUCGGGAUCUAUCCCUGAUUGGAUUGGGACAAAAGAAGAGUUGCAAAUAUUAAGCCUGAGAAAGAAUCAAUUCUUUGGGAGUUUACCAUUAAUGGUUUGUUGUCUAAGAAAUCUUCAUCUUUUGGAUCUCUCACUAAACAACUUAUCUGGAAAAAUUCCUAAAUGCAUAAACAACCUUACUUCAAUGAUUCAAAUGACAUAUUCAGUCUAUGGUUUUCGUGGGUAUCAGUUGAAAACUUUUCUUUUAGGUGAUCCCAUUCCAUACUAUUUGAAUGCAUGGUUGACAUGGAAAGGUUCAAAACAAAUGUUUAUGGAUGAAGGUUUGUCACUUUUAAAAGUCAUUGAUCUCUCAAGCAAUCAUUUCUCAGAAGAAAUUCCUACAGAAAUAGAGAAAUUAGUUGGACUGAUUUCGUUGAACUUAUCAAGAAACAAUUUGAUUGGAAAAAUUCCUUCAAACAUUGGAAAUAUGACAUCACUUGAUUCUCUUGAUUUGUCAAGAAACCGACUUGUUGGUUCAAUUCCUCUAAGUCUUGCUCAAAUUUAUGGACUUGGUGUGUUAGAUUUGUCUCAUAACCAUCUUAGUGGAAAAAUUCCUACAGGCACACAAUUACAGAGUUUCAAUCAAUCUAGAUAUGAAGAUAAUUUGGAUCUUUGUGGACCACCACUUGAAAAAUUGUGUAUUGAUGGGAAGCUAACACAAAAACCAAAUGUUAAUGUUUAUGAAGAAUAUUCAUUUUUCAAUAAUGAGUUUUUCAUAAGUAUGGGAAUUGAAUUUGCUCUAAGUUUUUGGAUGGUGUUUGGCUCAAUCUUAUUCAAACGUUCUUGCCGACGAUCUUAUUUCAAUUUCUUGAAUAACUUAAAAGACAAUGUUCAUGUCAAAAUAGCCAUCUUUGUUAGAGCACUUAAGCGGAACAAAAAUUAA